AUGAAAAUCAAGAGUCAGAAGGAGGAGAAUCUGAUCUACAAAAAUAUUUUGCUGACUGUAAGAAGAAUCCAGGUCAUAAGCAGUUUAUACCUGUUAAUACAUUCACCAGAAAACAUUUACCUUGGGCACAUCGAGACAAUGAUAUAUGAAUACAUCAGAGCUGUAGCUGAUCUGACAGUAAGAGUAGCUGUUACAACGAAUAGUCCAAACAGACCAAUGUUUUGGCCACAGACAACUCACCCAUAUCCAUUUUUUAGCAUGCACGAUACAAAACAUUUGAGGACAGGAAGUGGAAGAGUGUGGUGUGUAAACAAAUUUCAAAAUGGAGACAAUCAACAUGAUGAUAAUAGACGUAGUGACAAGUCAAAAUGUUGGUGUAGAAAAUGUCAAGAUUCAGACGCACCCAGCAAUGUGUGGUGGGAGUUUAAAGUGUACACAGCCGCACAAGUUGUUUUCGAUGACUUAGAGGCCAGCUUCACGACCAUUAGAUUGUUUUAUGAUACAGAAGAUAGUCCUGUGAUCAUUGUUGAUAAUGUCAGUGUUUCUGAUAUUAAUAUUCUGAAUGACAAGUGCGAGUUGAAAUGUGUCACAUGCGACACGAAUUUAGGAAAUAAACUAAUGAUAAUAUGGGAACAUUUAAACAAUGUUAGAUCAAAAGUAUUUGAGAAAUUUUAUAAGUCUAGUUGUACUGACAAGUUCUGCUUUAUAGUGUCACAUCCUCAUGGAUGUUCUAAACAGAUCAGUGUUGGUCAAUGGAAAUUCGAUCAAAAGGUAGGGGAAGCUAGUUUUAGCUCUACAUCUAAAUAUUUGUAUACAACCUGUACAUGUCCAGGAAGUAGCGGAGGAAAUGUUCAGUGUUUUUCGUCCAAUGCCGGGACAGGGUUAAGGUGGUCUUCUCUUGUUCACAGUGGAAGUUUGAAGUCUGGAUUAAAUUACAGUGAAGCUCAUUAGUGGAUUGUUUAUUUCAUUUGCUAUAAUGUGUAAAUAAAAAAAAACAUGUUUUUUAAUUAUUAAAAUACUUUUUUUUCUUUUUUACAUCCAAAAUAAAAAAAGAAUGAUA